AUGUACGCCGAUAAAAAUAUCAGGACGGUUAAUGGAAGUUCGAAUAACCUGAGUCUGCCGUGGGUUUACACCAAUAGAACGAAAUCCAGCCUCUUGAAGAAUGAUAUCUUCAGCUUUACUGCUGAGGGUUGCGGAACAGCCAAACCAGACAAUAUCCUCACGAAGAAGCAAUCUCAGGUGCCCCAGCCUGGCAAACUGACUACGGAAUUGACUCCACUGUGUGACAAGAUGACACUCAUCGAUAGCUACAAGCCCAAUCUUUUCUUGUAA